AUGAAUAAAAAUUCCAAUAAUGAAGAAAAUGAAUUGGAAGCAAUCGAUUUUAUUGAAAAUAAAAUACAAGAUUCUCCUGCUAAAACAACCUGGAAACAUGUAUGGACAUUCGAUAAAUCACAAAAUGCAUUAUUAAACUCACCAUUUGUUGAUAUCCCUACUGAAAUUAUGUUGAAAAUCUUUGGAUUACUCUCAAUACAUGAUCUGGGAAAUGUUUCAUUAGUUUGUCGAUCUUUUAAAAUGAUCGUUGAUCAAGAUGCCAUAUGGAAAAAAAAAUGCAAUAUUAACUCACAUUUAUUUCUAUAUUUAAAUUCAUUCGAAAAUAAAAUAGUAUUAAAGAAGUUAUAUUCAAAAUCAUAUAAACAAAUUUAUAUUGAUUGGAUUUAUGGAAAAUAUCUUCGAAAUAAAGAAUUAGAAAGACUUUUAAAAAAAUAUCGAAGUAUGAACAUAUCUUGUGCUUGUAGAAUGAAAUAUUCACCUUCUCGAGAUUUUGUUCAACCCAUAAUUGAUGAAUCAUUUUGUCCUAUUUUUGGAUUUGAUCAACAUCCAAAUUCAUCAGCAGAUAUGUAA